UCUCUUCCUCAGAUGUACGUUUUCUGAGUCAGCACUAGUUUUAUUUUCCAGACUGCCCCUUAUAGUUUUUUGGGGGUGUCAUGUGUUUCCAGUGAGUGACCUUGGCCAGUGGAUGGCUUUUGAGCUAAGCAACAAGUUGGUUCCUGCCUGCGAAAUAGUAGCGCAGUGGCUGUUCAGCAGUUCUCAAGAUAGGACCUCACUCAAAGAUCCCAAGGUGUAGCCAGGCAUCAUUUUAUCGGCACUGUAGGGUGGGAAGCAACUGGACCUGAAUCUUAGCCUCAGGUGUUUGUGAGGAUGGCAUCUCAUUUUGGAGUUACCGUUUUCAUUUUCUCAGUGUGGAUUGUGAGCCUCACAACACAGGACACUUUUGUUCUGAAAGAUAUUAACACUCUGCCGUGCAGGAUUUCUGGAAUAACUCUUGUUUCAUAUAAGAAUAAAGGUGCAUUUAAUUUCAUCGAAGGACAAGGUGUAUGCGGGCAGCUGGGGUUAAGGAUGGCAUAUAAAUCCGAGGUUGAAAGGGCUCGGAAGCACGGCAUGGAAACCUGCAGUUUUGGCUGGGUACAAGAAGGAUAUGUUGUCAUUUCUCGGAUAACUCCAAAUCAAAAAUGCGGUCAGAAUAAAAUUGGCGUAGCCAUCUGGAGAACCCCACAUGAUUAUAAAGGUCGUGUUUUCUGUUACAAUACUUCAGACACAUGGAUUAAUUCCUGUGAACCAGAAGAAACUACAACUGCACUACUGGACUUCACUACUGAGACAAACUCUACUUCAACAGUUUUGUCUCAGGACACUUCAGCGGUAGUUCCAACAUCUGAGUCACAGCAAACUAAGAAGGUUUCUAAACUAUAUCGUGUUAUAUGCAUAACAGAGACCUUUUCACCGCCAGCACCAACUACUGUGGACGAGGUCCUACAUCUCACUGCAAAAAGAACUGCCUUUAGAAAUGAUGGGGUCCUAUUUGGAGGUGUUCCCACUGCCCUCCUUGUGCUUGCCCUCAUCUUUUUUGCAGCUACAGUUGUUUUAGCUGUCUGCUAUGUCAAAAAAUACAAGAAAACAUUUCCAUUUUCUAACAAGAAGGAGAAAAAAGUAGAAAUUGAAACCAAAAAUUUCAAAGAAACAAAGACAAGCAGCAAAACUCCAGAGCAAGAACCAAAGAAAAAUGGGAAAAAUGCAGAAGUGUCUCAAACCAAGCCUGAACCACCUGUAAAAUGUUUGGAAGCAGAAGUUUAAGAGAGCACAUCCAAGUGGACAUAUCUUACAUGAAUACAAUAUAGGAAUUAGCAAUUUUUUAAUAUAAAUGGAUAGUUGUAAAUAAUGCCAAAGUCAAUAUUAUUGUCUCUCUAUGCAGUUUGUACUUCUUGCAUAUUAACUAUAAUAUUAUUACAAAAUAUGCCUGGUUCAUUCGAUAAUACCAAAAAUGGAAGAAUUAAUGUGGAGAGAAGGGGGAAAGGGUUGAAUUCAUAUAGAAAAACAUGGCACAAGUUGUAUAACUAUGAAAUAUUCUAUCCAACUUUUCAGAUAAAAUUGUCCCAAACACUUCCCUAUAGAGGAAUUAACUUUAGGCAGGCAAUAUUCUUUUCUCUUUCCUUUUUUUUUGGGUGUAUUUAAACCAAAGACAAUUAUAACAGAGCAAUUCUAUGAAUAUCAUUCAUAAGUAUGUCCCAUCAUGUUCAAUGAAGUUUACUCUGCAACAACUGUGUUUAGGAUUACAGCAUAAGAUAUCUCUGCAAACAAAUAUGUUGCCAUUGUCACAUUCAUUUUCAUUAAUAAACAAUUUUAUUUAUUAA